CUUUAAAAAUAAAAUAUUCCUCCUCAUUCAAGUUAGCGGCUUCUAUUUUCAGGUUUUUAAGUUGCUACCAAGCACAUACUUACGCUAGAAAUAGAGCUACACCCCACUUUUUUCUGUAGAAGCUUAUAGAUAAUGGAUGCAAAGAACCAAUGAAACUUUUGCAAGAGGUACAAGGAGAAAUCCUUGGCCCAGUGUAAGGCCUGGUAGUAUACGUGCCUUUUUUUCCAUUGUAGGAAGACAAAAUUAUGUGCUGUUAAAGGAUUACAGUAACAAAAGCAACUUUUAAAAUAAAUGAGGUCUCGGAGUAUUCUUUAAAAGCAAAAAGCUAUGUUUAACUGCUAGUAAAACAUGAUCGUGCAAGCUACAGGAUUUUAGUAGGUAAUAUAGGUAUGAUUAACGUACUCUGUUGACCUGAACGUUGUGGUUUGACUUACACGCAUAAAGGCUCUGCCUGUCGUGUCUGGUAAUGCUUUUCUUUGCAUGGUGCUGCAAAGUGUAUAAGAAAUAUACAGGAACAUCAGGAAGAACAGGCAGGCGUAUUUCUGGAGACACAGAUUAGACCUAGACUUAAAUUUGCUAAAAAUAAAACUGCUUAAUACCUUUUUAUGUCUUACUGCUAUUUCUAUUAAAUCAAUGGUUUGGUAGUGUGAGUGGGUAGAAUAGAAUGUGUUUACUGGGGGAAUGAGUAGUAGAUACUGAUUUUAUUUUUUUAAUUAUUUUUUUUCCCAGCCUUGCUUGCAGCUUUGUCAAUCUGUAUCACAGGGAAACAGCAGAUGGAUUCAGCAUAUGAUCUGUGGUUUGAAAGAAAUCAGAUGUGGGAGAGUGAGAUAAUUAACAAUAUGGAAAUAGGCAGGGGACUUCAAAACUCUGAAAGCAGGUGAUGAGACCCUGACAUGUCUUACACGGAGAGGAAGCUGGAAGCGGCGAUGCAGCUGUGAAGAGUCAGGGCACAGAAGGUCUAAAUGCCUCCGGCUGCAGAGCUCUUAGUGACACGUGGGUUACAAAUGGCCUUGCUCAGGACUCAUUGAUAGCCUGCAUUUUUCACCAUGCAUAUCAUGAAACAAACUCUGCUAUGUAUGAAAGAAAAUGCUCUGGAUGUCCCGAGCUAGAGGAAGAAGAUGAAGGGAGUGGGACUAUUAUCAAGGGGCGUGAGAGAAAAGUACUUGAAUGCUGAUCACGGAACAGGGAGAAUGUUCGCAGAAGAAAGCUAUCCUGCACUACCAGCCACAUCACCAGGGCAACAUGGCAUUCGCAGGCAAAUACGAAUUUGAAAGCGAUGAGAACUAUGAUGACUUUGUGAAGGCAAUUGGUCUCCCCAGUGAGAAGGUUGAGAUGGGAAGGAAUUGCAAAAUAGUCACUGAGGUGGUGCAGAAUGGAAAUGACUUCACCUGGACACAGCAUUUCCCAGGAGGUCGCACCACGACUAACACAUUCACUAUUGGCAAGGAAGCAGACAUGGAGACAAUGGGUGGUAAAAAGUUCAAGGCAACUGUUAAAAUGGAAGGGGGAAAAGUAGUAGCUGAUUUUCCCAACUAUCAUCACACUGCAGAGAUUGCUGGAGGAAAACUAGUGGAGCUCUCUACUGCUUCUGGUGUAACCUACAAGAGAACCAGCAAAAAGAUUGCUUAAGGCAUUAAAGCACAUUUUCCAGUGUACUGAAAAAUAUGCAACAAUACAAUUAAAUAAAAUACACUUCUGGUCUA